UAUCCUGAGCGACACAACAAAAGGCUCAGUUAAACUAAAGAAAUCCGUCACAGAAACUCCUCACAGACGAUCGAUUCAGAGGAAGCCCGUACUAUUAGUUAAUGAGAUUGUAGAGUGUUUGAUGUUACUGUUUUUUUCAGCACGUUUACAUCUGAAUCCUCGGUAAGAAAGAAAAACAUCAGCGCCAGGCGACGGCUGGUGUAAAAUAGGGGUGAACAGUAUUGGUGUUGUACAAGCUUUGGUCGUUUUGCAGUAUUCGUUUCCUGUUUCAAAGACAAACAGGCAUAGAUUGACAGCUGUAUAGAAAUUUGUCGGAGAAAAAUGCAGUCGUGCAUUUGAUAAGACAAUAAUUUGAUUGUCAGUGUGCUUCGUUGAUAAAGACGUGUUAUGAAUUAGAAGUUACGUCUGUAGUUGCAACUACUCGCUGGUGGCUUGUGAUCGCCUCUGUUAACAAAACAUCUGAGAGCUUUAGUCACCAAGUCUUUGGAAGAUUUUUAAAGAAAGGGUUUUUGAAAUAAACUGAUUUUUGUCAGUGCAAGAGCAACAACCUGUAACCAGCACCUUUGUACAUAACCGACUGGCCAUAUUUUACAUAUGAUUUAAUGUGUUUUAAGUUUUGUCAAAUUGACAUUUUAAGUCUUCGGGUUUGUAUGUUCGGAUGUUUGCUUUUAGCACUUGUUUAGCUGUCGUUGUUGGAAGUUGGAGUGCAUAAAAUCUAUUCAGUGUUAGAAUCUUACUUGUUUUAUUGACUGACUAGCUGUGGUGUUUCAGGAUAUUUGUAUUUCACUGAAAACUGUUUUACAUUGUACAUGAUAUUUAAAUUAUUUCAAUCGCGUUACUAGCUAAUUUAAUGUCGUCUCAGAGGGUGGUGCAAUUGAUAGAUUAGUUGAGAGAUUAUACGGGAAUUUGCUAGAGGCAAAAAAAAAGGUCCAGAUCUGGCCCAGUCAGAGAACCUCACUGAAAACCCAAUUUCUUCCCCGCCAAUGCUGGAUCUGGAGGUCGUUCCUGAGAGAUCAUUGGGAAAUGAGCAAUGGGAAUUCGCAUUAGGGAUGCCAUUGGCCCAGGCCAUUUCCAUUUUACAGAAGCACUGUCGUAUCAUCAAAAAUGUCCAGGUGCUCUAUAGUGAACAAACACCACUUAGCCAUGACCUCAUUCUCAACUUGACUCAGGAUGGAAUUAAACUGCUGUUUGAUGCCUGUAAUCAGAGACUGAAGGUAAUUGAAGUGUACGACUUGAGCAAAGUAAAAUUAAAAUACUGCGGGGUUCAUUUUAACUCUCAGGCCAUAGCACCCACCAUUGAGCAGAUUGACCAGUCCUUUGGCGCUACACACCCUGGAGUCUAUAAUGCUGCUGAGCAGCUCUUCCAUUUAAACUUCCGAGGGCUUUCCUUCUCCUUCCAGCUGGACUCAUGGAAUGAAGCUCCCAAGUACGAGCCUAACUUUGCCCAUGGCUUGGCCUCCCUGCAGAUUCCUCACGGGGCAACAGUCAAACGGAUGUACAUCUACACUGGCAACAACCUACAAGAAACAAAGGCUCCGGUGAUGCCCCUGGCCUGUUUCCUAGGUAACGUGUAUGCGGAGUGUGUGGACGUGCUGAGGGAUGGGACAGGACCACUGGGGCUUAGGCUCCGCCUCCUCACUGCAGGGUGUGGUCCGGGUGUGUUGGCCGACGCCAAGGUGCGGGCUCUGGAGAGGAACAUUUACUUUGGAGACUCAUGUCAGGAUGUCCUGAGUGCCCUGGGCUCGCCACACAAAGUCUUCUACAAGUCAGAGGACAAGAUGAAGAUCCACUCUCCCUCGCCUCACAAACAAGUCCCGUCCAAAUGUAAUGACUACUUCUUCAACUAUUUCACCCUGGGAGUGGAUAUACUGUUUGAUUCAACCACACACCUGGUUAAGAAGUUUGUUCUACACACCAACUAUCCUGGCCAUUAUAAUUUUAACAUAUACCAUCGAUGUGAUUUCAAGAUUCCACUCGUCAUUAAAAAAGAUGGAGCGGACGCUCAGGGAGAGGACUGCAUUCUCACCACCUACAGCAAAUGGGAUCAGAUACAGGAGCUGUUAGGGCAUCCCAUGGAAAAACCUGUCGUCCUCCACAGGUCAUCCUCAGCAAACAACACCAACCCGUUUGGAUCCACGUUCUGUUUUGGUCUGCAGAGGAUGAUAUUUGAGGUGAUGCAGAACAACCACAUCGCGUCGGUGACCCUGUACAGUGGCCCCCGGCCCAGCAACCUGCCCCGGGCGGAGUCCAGCGUCCACUGAGAGGUCCGGGCGUGCCCGGGGGACGCUGGUGCCGAUCCAGCCCGACAGAGAGCCGGUCACACAGCUACAGCGCUCCGUUACUGACUAGUGCAGUGUGCCUUUCAUUCACUGCUGCCAUCACACAAGCAAAAGCCAGGCGCCAGGCAUGCUGGGAGUUUCUCUGGAGUCAUUUUGUUCCAUUACCCUCGCACACAAAACUACCCGCUCUGGACACCCCCCCACCCCCUCCUCCUCCUCCCUUCUCCCCCAUAUCGGAUGCUCCAUGCUGCCCCCUGCUGAGGGAGUCUGGAAACUGCCAUUAACUUUGUGACCCUUACUAACCACUGCUGACCCCUGCUGACUCACUUUUUCCCCUCCUUGCUUUCUCCAUAACAUUCUCCCAUAGACAUGCCAUUUGUCUCAACGUCAUCUUAGCUACACUUGUUGGUGCACAGUGAUGCAUUUAUUACACACACACACACACACACAUACAUACAUACAUACAUACAUACAUUCACACACACACACAUGAACAAAUAUUGCUAUUAAUCUCUUACAUAAUCAAAUAAAAUAGGCUGUUUUUUUGUUUUGUUUGUUUGGUUUUUUUUGUUUUUGAAUGCCAAGGUUAGUACGUCCUCACAUCAGAAACAGACACCAAAGGACAAACAAAAAUUUCAGUUCAAAUCCCCUCUUCUCCAUGUAACACACUUUAACAAGCCCACACACAGCCUCUUAUUCAUUUCAGAUUCAUUCAGCCCACCAGUGCCCUGCUUAUGGAGAGGGCAUUUUAACACAAAUAUAUACAGUGACACACAUAUUUGUCAUUUGAAUACAUUGAGUUUUGUUUUGUUUGUUUUGGGUUUUUUUUGUUUUGUUUUGUUUUUCCGUUUUUGUUAUUCUCGAGGAGUGUGAUGAAAAGAUUACAAGCACAAAUUCAGCUGCAUAGACCUGGGAGUGAACUGAUGUAUUCAGUACAGCCAAAAGGCUUUCUUCAUCUCAUGAAGAUUUUCUCAUAAAAUUUACUCACACACACACACACUUACAGGUUCCUACGUCCACGACCAAGUCAGCAGCACGCAAUACCUCCCAUUACAGAGCUGUGUGGUGUGGAUUUCAGCUUACCUUUGUCUUGGUGGUGUUUAUUUUUUUUUUUUUCCUGUUUUUUUUUUUUUCUCUCAUUUUUUUUUUUUUGUUAACAUGGUUUCUUUUCUUUGGAAAGAUGAAAGCAUUGGUUUUAACAUUUGCACUAAAAUACAUGUUAUGUACUUGAUAAUUGUCACUUAUCCACUGAGGACGGUUUCAUUUACUGUUUGUGAAAGAAAGGAGAGACAGAGAGAGAG